GUGAAGAUGGAGGUGGGAGGAGAUAACAAAAGCGGGUGUGCGAUCCCGGGCAUCUCCGACACGAAGGCGUGAGAAGGAGGAGGGAAAGGAGACGGCAGGAGAGAGAAUUUCAUUUCCAAAGAUCAAAACAAAAGGAGGAGCAGGCAAAAUGGGGAAACAAAACAGCAAGCUGGCCCCUGAGGUGAUGGAGGAUCUGGUGAAGAGCACGGAGUUCAAUGAACACGAGCUAAAACAGUGGUACAAAGGAUUUCUAAAGGACUGUCCAAGUGGUAGACUGAACCUUGAGGAGUUUCAGCAGCUCUACGUAAAAUUCUUCCCAUAUGGAGAUGCUUCAAAGUUUGCCCAGCACGCCUUCCGAACCUUUGAUAAAAACGGAGAUGGGACCAUCGACUUCAGAGAGUUCAUUUGUGCCCUGUCCAUCACCUCUCGGGGCAGUUUUGAGCAAAAGCUGAACUGGGCCUUCAACAUGUACGACCUGGAUGGUGAUGGUAAAAUUACAAGAGUGGAAAUGCUGGAAAUUAUAGAGGCCAUCUACAAAAUGGUGGGCACUGUGAUAAUGAUGAAAAUGAAUGAGGAUGGUCUGACACCUGAGCAACGGGUAGACAAGAUCUUCAGUAAGAUGGAUAAGAACAAAGACGAUCAGAUCACACUGGAUGAAUUCAAAGAAGCUGCAAAGAGUGAUCCGUCCAUUGUACUACUCCUGCAGUGUGACAUUCAAAAAUGAGCUUGUGUACAACGCGUCAUAGACUGCACAGAAGUUUAAUGUUCCAUUCAGUUUGCAGCUAUUUCCACACACACAAAAAUUUGCUUGGACUACCUAUAAAUGGACUUGCUUCUUGUGUUUGAAACACUUGUGUGCAUGAGAAUGUCAUUUGCUAAAGAAUUUUAAAAGUAUAUAUUAUAAAAAUAAACUGCCACAACGUGACGUGUGCAAUGUCAUUUCAUAACAACCCUCUUCCUCUGAAGCCUGUGCAGCAGGCCUGUGCUGCAGUGAAUUAUAUUAUUUAUUGUUCAUGUUUUACUGAUGCUAGCUCUGUGUCUCCUAGACUGAGUAAUGUUAGUGACACUGAAUUCCCAUGGUAAUGUUAACUGUUUAUUAUAAAUCAUGUCACCAUUCUGCUGUAAAGUAGUACUGGACAGACAGAGGGAAAGAGUUCUUCAGCUCCCGAGUCUGAUCCACACGUGCUUGUAUUGUCAGUGGAUAUAAAUGUACUUCAUUUGCAUGCCUUUUAGGUUUGCCUUAAUUCUUACCUCAUUUGCAUCCCUUCAAUCUGGAAAGAGCUAUGUCAGAGGAAUGCAGUAUAUUUAAAAACAAAAAAAAAAAAAAGAAAAAAAAAAGAAAAUCCUGCUAAAAUUAUCCCUUUAAUUAAGAAUAUAUAAAAAUAUAUAUAUAAUGUUUAAAAUAUUGUUUUAUUGCAAGUUUAAAGGUUUUAUUGGAAGUGUAUUGAUCUUUGCCAGAAUUUUCAAAAGCUUCCACAGAGGUUGCAAUAUAUAUGUCCCAAAAUAAAUUUAUAACAUUUGAUCUUUUCCCCUAAUUCUUAUUUCAUGUCUUCAGCAUGGUAAUAAAAAAAAAAAAAGUUCAAUCUCUUUAAUUAUCUGUCAGUUUACACUGGGAAAUAUAUAUUUCAUUAUGAAAGCAUGAAGAAAAAUACUUUGCACUCACUCACUAGAAGAGUCAUAUUAUGUGAAACCAAACGUUGUAGUUCUUGUAUUUACCAACAGAGCAGCUGUUGGUGCUCUAAGAUGCUACUGCUAAGAUCUAACAGCACACCUACUAGACUUGUGCUGAUGUAGCUUUUUUAAUUAGCUGCAAGUCAAAUACAGUUUAUUUGCUUGGCCUAAAUCUGGUUUUUUAAUGUUUUUCCUUCCUGAAGUAAGAGUCUUUCCUCUUACUGUAUGAUCCUAACUACUGUGGGUUUAAUAUAAAAAGACAUGUUAAAAAUCAUUACUGAUAAAUGAACCGCAAAGUAUGAUGAUAAAGGAGGGACAGUGAGGAGAACCAUCUUCUUCCUCACUUCUAUGUGCACAAAUCAAGUUUCCCUCUAUCCUGUGACAAGUGCAAGUUCUGCACAGCCCUGGGAAAGAAAUGAGAACUAUCAGACUGCAGCAACUGCAGUUAAAAACUUUCCUAUGCCCCAUUUCCCUGGUGCUCUAAACAGUUGGUUGCUUGUUGGAUUAAAACAAAAAAAAUCAACAAUCUGAAAAUCUUACAAUUGCAUGUUUGCUAUUUCUUCCUUACCUUAUGAAGAAAUGAGACGUUACUCUUAAUAGAUAAAAAUCAAAAAAUAAAACA